CGGGAGAAAAUUAUUAAACAAGCGAAAGAAGGAAAAAAGUAGUCUGCUUCACCCAUUUUAUCACAGCUUAGAGAUCGAAAACAAUGGCGGAAGAGGGACAAGUUAUCGCCUGCCACGCUGUUGAUUCAUGGAACCAGCAGCUCGAGUCGGCUAACAAAUCCGAUAAACUGGUGGUGGUGGAUUUCACAGCUUCAUGGUGCGGACCAUGCCGUUUUAUAGCACCAAUCCUGGCGGAUCUUGCAAAGAAGCUGCCCAACGUGUUAUUCUUGAAGGUGGAUGUUGAUGAAUUGAAGAGUGUGGCUCAGGAUUGGGCUAUUGAGAAAAUGCCGACUUUUAUCUUCCUGAAAGAAGGCAGCAUAAUUGACAAGCUUUUUGGUGCAAGGAAAGAUGAAUUGCAGCAGAAGAUUGCCUUGCAUUCUUCUGCAUGACUCAGUGUUAAAUUGCAAUAGAAA